ACUGCAGCCAGGGAUGUGAAACUUGUCCCGGAUAUUUACCUAACUCUACCUGGCCUCUCCGACGCGCCCCGUCCUGUGCUCCUGACGGCGGACACUCGGACGGAUAUACCCUCGAAAAAACUUGAACUUGUACGGGAGCCGUUGUAGCGAGCCGCCCCCGAAACACGACCGCCCAGUGGUUGGAGGAAAGUUUGUCCGCGAGGGAGCCAGAUCAACCCACCUGGAAAUUCAAGACAGGACCCAUGUCCCCUCUCAGCAGUGAGGCGAGGGCGGCGUGUUUGUCUUGAAGAGGGAGGCAGGGGUUACCGUGGUAACAGACAUGCCAAAGCCGGACCUACUCUGCCUUGUUCAGCUGCUGGACGGCACCAUCGAGACCUUCAGAGUCAGCAAGCAGGAUGAAGGCGUGGUUCUGUUGGACCUGGUAUUCAACCACCUGGGCCUGCAGGAGAAGCAGCUCUUCAGUCUGCAGAUCAGAGAGUCGAGCACCGCCAUCACCUCCAUCACAGCCAACACGCUCUCUCCAAGAUGGUUAGAGCCAGAGAAGCCCUUAAAGAAGCAGAUAAAAGGUCUUGCUUCCCCCUUUUAUCUGAACUUCAGAGUGCGAUUCUUCAUGUCCGAUCCUAACUCUCUCCAGCAUGAGCAGACCAGGCAUCUGUACUUCCUCCAGAUCAGGAGCGACAUCAGGGAAGGACGGUUGCAGUGUCCGCUGAGUGCAGCUGUAGUGUUGGCUUCUUACGCGGUGCAGUCGGAGAUGGGGGAUCAUUCUCCAUCCAGACAACCUGGGUACCUUUCAAAAUGCCACUUCAUCCCCGAGCAGGAUGAAGACUUCCUUUCUAAAGUGGAGGAUCUGCAUCCACAGCACAAGGGGCUUAAGCAGAGUGAGGCGGAGCUGUGUUUUCUCAAUACUGCACGGACGCUGGAGCUGUAUGGAGUGGAGCUACAUGCUGCCAUGGACACCAGCGAUACACCUCUAAUGGUGGGUUUGGCCUCGAGUGGCGUUGCUGUGUUUUGUAACAUGAUUUGCUCCAGUUUCUUCCCCUGGGGGAACAUCAUCAAGAUAUCCUAUAAAAGGAGGCGCUUCGUUGUACACCUGAAACGUAAACACGGGGAGACCCAAGACUGUGAGGUGUCCCUGAUGCUGCCCUGCCCCAAAACGUGUAAGAACCUAUGGCGGUCCUGUGUGGAUCAUCACUCCUUCUUCUCCUCCAGCCGGACUUCCAGAACUCCCAAAUACAACAGCAGCACAGUGAAGGGAUACAAACAGCUGAUAACGCAGCACCUGGGCCUGAGCAACAGUAAAACUGAAGAUGGUCCGGUGUGCCAGAGGGUAGUUGGAGGAAUGGUGUGGAACCCAGUUCUCAGAAGGUCUGUUUCAGCAGAGCAUCUGGAGACCAAGAGUCUGCCCUCCAGAUCACCGCCAUCAACCCCCAACUGGAGAAGUCCCAGAGUCCGCCAUGAGAUGAGGAAGCCCCGCCCAUCGUCGGUGGAGCUCAGCACGGACCUGAAAGACAUGUCGGAGGGAGAGGAUGUCUUCUACACGUACAGGGCCUCUGUGGGCAGCAGUAAGGACAGCGAAGGAGACGCAUCGCCUCAUCACUUUUCUGGUUCCAACAGUCGGGGAACUGGUGAGGGUUUGUUGCAAGCCGAAGACAGCAUAGGAGAAGAUGACAGCCCACCCUUCUACAAUAAAGAUGCUCUUGGUGACGGUGACCUCAUGCUGAUAUGCAUCACUCCAGACCACGAGGGCAAAUUUGGCUUCAAUGUUAAAGGUGGAGUGGAUCAGAAGAUGCCUCUGGCAAUAUCACACGUUAAACCUGAUUCCCCGGCAGGUCGAUCUGAACCAAGACUGCAGGAGGGAGACCUGGUGGUCCUCAUCAAUGGUCGGGACAUUUCUGAGCACACGCACGACCAGGUGGUCAUGUUCAUACGAGCCAGCCGAGAGUCUCACUCCAGGCAGCUGGCUCUGCUCAUCAGACGAAAAGGUCCAGGCCGGGUCAUGCCUCAGCUGCAGCUGUCUUUUGCCGCCCUGUCGCUCACCAUCCCAGCACAGGAAAACAAACCGCAGUCACCUGGUCAGCUGGACCGGGCCGCCACGUUGGAGGAAUCGAUGAAGCAGCUAGAGAGAGGGAUACAGUCUGGAACACUAUCUUUCCAUUUUGAGAAUCUGUACAAGAGGAAGCCUGGUUUGUCCCUAUGCUGUGCACGGCAGCCUGAGAACCAGGAAAAGAAUCGCUACAGAGACGUGUUGCCUUACGAUGAAACCCGAGUGGUGCUGCAGGGGAAGGACGACUACAUAAAUGCCAGCCACAUCACGGUGGCACCCCCUGAGUCUGGUGUGUGUUUACGUUACAUCGCAGCUCAAGGUCCACUACCACAGACCUGCACUCAUUUUUGGCAAACUGUAUGGGAGCAGCAGACACACACCAUCAUCAUGCUUACAACUCUAACAGAGAGGGGACGGACCAAGUGCCACCAGUACUGGCCACAUCCGCCGGAGGUGAAGGAUUAUGGCCACUUGUCGGUGAAGUGUCACUCAGAGGAGUGUAACCUGGCGUACGUGACGAGGCAGUUCACUCUGAGGCACAAAAAGCUAGGUGAGGAGCGAGCAGUAACACACUUGCAGUACGUCGCUUGGCCGGACCACGGCGUACCCGACGACCCCUCGGACUUCCUGCUCUUCAUCAGCUCGGUGAGGGAGAGGAGAAGAGGCAAAGAUCCGCUGAUGGUACACUGCAGUGCAGGGAUUGGGCGGACAGGUGUUCUGAUCACCAUGGAGACGGCGCUGAGUCUGUUGGACGAGGGUCGUCCGGUGUUCCCGCUGGACAUUGUUAAAACACUAAGAGACCAGCGAGCUAUGAUGGUUCAGACCACGUGUCAGUUCCAGUUUGUAUGUGAGGCGGCCCUUCGAGUCUACAAAGAAAAACAGGAGGAAUCAAAAGCAACGUAAUCUGAAUCAACGGCAGGACAAGACCAGGCGCACUGCCCUGCCUCUGUUAACAGGAGGGGACUUCUGGAGAGCUCUAACAGAUUAAACUCAGCCAGGCUUAUGGCAGUGGAACACAUUUGAUAAUGAGAGUGUAACAAGCUGCAGAGCACAGCUGUCUGCGCAAGGAAAGAGUACAAAUAUUCAACCUAGUUGGACUUUUAAAUGCUAAAAGGUACAUUAAGCUUAUAGAGACUGUGGUCUCCAUAGAGACUGAUGUAGGACUGACGUGAGCUGCUAAUUUCUGUUCAAGAGGCCUCUCGGGAAUGAUGCUUCUACUUGUUAAGCUACAUGUGCCUUAGACUGAAGCCUUCCAGUCUGAAUCCAUCAAGGACAGCAGAGGCAGAGUCAAACUGUUGUAAUUUUGAAUUUAUCUCUGACUCCUGAGAUGAAGAGCAAAGCUGACUAGAUGGCUGUGGCAGAUAUCAAGUCAAGGAGGGAGCAGAGCUGCUUCCUGACUGCCAGAGGUGCACCAGAUUCACUGUUCAUCACUUUUUAAAUUAUUCAAACUCUAAAUAAACUCA